GGAAACAGUAACACGGCCAAGACAAUGGACGAACUGCGCACUCGCUUGCAGGCGCUUCAUUCGAUCGCUGAGAAAAUUAUCUCUCUCUCCGGCUCUACAGGGGCCUCACUCGGAGUCCUUCAUAAUGGCGAGAUUAAACUGACGGAGAACUUUGGGUUUCAAGAUCAUUCCCGGAGACAGCGGGCAACCUCCGAUACUCUUUACAACAUUGGCUCCCUAACAAAAUCAAUGGUGGCUCAAGCAGCCGGUUCCGGGUUAGAUGAGAGCCUUGUUGCGUGGAACACACCUGUGUCUUCCCUCAUUCCCGAAUUCCACAAUGUCGACCGAGCGAUAACUGAACAGUGUAGUCUUGUUGAUCUCCUCUCUCACCGAACGGGUUUGCCGACGGCCAAUGUCCUGUGGUAUCAGGGCGGUUCCAAGUCUCUCGUUAAUAAAAAAGAUCUGCUCCCCCUGGUUAACGCUAUGUCGCCGACUUUCUCGUUCAGAAGCUCUUGGAGAUAUUCCAAUUGGGGAUACAGCUUGGCGGCAGCGGUUCUUGAAAGAGUGACGGGCCAGCCAUGGCAGAUGAUCGUUAAGAAGAGACUGUGGGACCCUCUGGAAAUGAAGCAUACCACAACCGAGGCAAUGUGGAAGAGCUUACCAAAUGCUGCACAAGGGUUUAUGGCAUUAGAGGACGCUUCCACUUUUGCGGUUGAUGCACAAGCCAUCGACGACUCAUCCAUAAUGGGCCCGGCGGGGGGCGUAUGCAGCAACGUCAAUGAACUGUUCAUCUAUUAUUGCGCGCUAUUGGAAGCGUACAAGCAUCGGAACGAAGAUAAUUCGCACAGCAUCAGUGGAUCUCCAUUCAAACAUGUGCCAACGGUUUUCAGUGCACAUUCUGUUCUUCCAUACCCAACAGUGCCUGCGUAUAAUGACACCACGUAUGGAUUUGGGUGGGCUCGCGGUUAUGUACCUGGUGCUCUAGGCAUCAUCUCGGACAAUAGUGGCAUGGUGCAGAGCAUGCCAAUCAUUGGCAGAGGAGCAUUGCCACAACAGUUGCGUCAUCGUGUUGGUGAACUGUGUGACAGCGCCGACUGGCUUGCACAAAUGUACCUGGACAGCCUUCUUGGUUCUCCUAAUAUCAAUGACUUCAUCAGGCUGACUGAAGAGUGCAUACAAGUGACAAGAUCACGAUUCUCAGAAGCAGAAGAGACACUGAGCAAGGAGCGCGUUUCGGGAACAGUUCUGAAGCCACUAGAACAAUAUUGCGGCCGGUACUACUGGGAAAGCCGGUUUUAUUUCAUAGAUGUUUGUUUCGACGGAGAAGAUCUACAGCUCAUCAUCCAAGGUCGAGAGGAUCAAUCCUACAAGCUCAAGCAUUAUCACUACGAUACAUUUACCUGGCUGAUGGCUCAUGACGAGGAAGCAAAGAGAGGCCGCUUUAUUCAAUCAACCUAUACUUACAAGAUUGUGUUCAGCUGUGAUGAGCAUCAUAAUAUUGUGUCUUUUACCUGGCAAGAUAUUGGAGGCGGCAAAGCAUUGCUCAGAAAGGAAAAUUAUCAAUAAGAAUGAAUGCUUGUCGUGAUUUUGAUUUCCAGUUCCUGGUUGUUGAGUGAUGAGAAGACGAUUGUCAAUAUGAUAGUAUAGCAAAAGCGAUAACACAUGAUAGGCAACGAUUGUAUUAACAAGAAUGAUAAUAGCGACGAAGAAUGUGAC